AUGACUUCAAAAGAAAAUAUUAGACUCAAGCUUCCAUUCAAGACAAAUCGCAUCAUUUUACCGCCUAAGGUAACUCAAGCAGCUCAGCAGGUACAAGCAACAGUUGAUCAAUUGCCACUAGAUGUCAAUGCCACUACACCAACCUCACACUAUGUGCGACAUCCCACCCAACAACUUGUUCAACCUCCUACCCAACAAGCUGCAGUGCUUCCAAUACAACCUAAUAAGGUGCAUGGUACUGAACCAAUUAUAGUGAUGAUGCCCACACCGAAUUUUGUCCCAGAAGACAACAUUUCCCCGAUUGCUGAUCAUUCACCGUCACAACCAUUAACAUUUGUUGCCUCACGACACACUUCAAUUUCAGCUAACCCACCACAUUCAACACAUGUUGCUAUUGGUAAUAAGACUCAAGGGUCACGAUGCUCCAAUUCUAGUCAUGGGGUUGCGCCUGAUGGGAGAACAAUGAUAUGGCCGAAUGGUCGAGGAUGGUUACCGUGUAGGGUGGCCUCGAGAGCCCUCACCUUAGUCAUUACAUUACAAUAUGUUGAUCCAUAUCCUAGCUGGGGAGCAAUCCCAAAAUUAACUUUGGAACCGAGAAAGAAGCGCAAGUGUCCAACUUGGAUGAGAGAAACUGUUUGGGAUGAUCUUGAGAAGAUAUGGAUGGAUCCAUCGUAUAAGGAGAUAUCAAAUCGAGCUAAGAAAAAUCGUGCUUCUUUUAAAGGAGGAGUUGUCCAUACAGGUGGAUCUAUAUCCAUUGUUGAACAUACCAUUCGGAUGGCUGAAGAGUUAGGUAGAGACCUCACAUUGGAUGAGGCCUUUUUAAAAACUCACACUAAGAAGAAGGACAACUCUUGGGUUGAUGAAAGAGCAAAAAAAACAUAUUUGCAACAAGCCUUUAAAGGUGGGAAAGCAUCUAGUAGUUGUAGUCAAGUGGUUAAUGCGAAAGCUCACUUAGACAUGUGGGUCCAAUCUGUUGGGGGGAAGAAUAAAGGGAGGAUCUAUGGUGCUGGACAUAGAUCCUCGCUUUAUCGAUCAGGUGUCGCAAGUCUAGUUCCAGAUUCUCGUCCAUCUAGAGGUUGCGCCAAUUUCUUGUCUCAACAAUCUAAUGAGAUAGCUGCACAGAUAGCAGCAUUUGAGGAGCGAGCAAAAGCGGCAGAACACGAGGGGAGCUACGCUGAGUCAUCCUGUCGUCGUCGUCAUCUAGAUUAUGACGAGGAUGAGUCUAGCGAUGAUGACGGCGAGAAGUAA